AUGUUUCGAUAUUUAUUCAGGCCACGAUUUCUUGUUAGAGAUUAUUCAGCUGCGAAUAUUUAUGGAAGACAUCCAGUUAUUAAACGAAGAACGGUCGGUUUCUUAUUGCGGGUAACGGCUUCACACCAAUCAUUAAACAAGCGAUGUUAUGCGAAAGCCGCCGAUAAACCAGCCGAACAUUUUGAAUUCCAAGCGGAGACAAAAAAUUUGCUCGAUAUUGUCGCGAAAUCACUUUAUUCUGAUCAAGAAGUAUUUAUUAGAGAAUUGAUAUCGAAUGCGAGUGAUGCGUUGGAAAAGCGUCGUUAUUCUCGUCUUAUGGUUGAUGACGAAACAAAUAUUGCAUAUGAAAUUAAAAUUACUACCGACGAAUCUGCUCGACGAUUGAUUAUUGAGGAUAAUGGAAUAGGAAUGGAUAAAAACGAUCUUAUCAACUGUUUAGGAACGAUUGCUAAAUCUGGUUCCAAAGAGUUCGUUGAAAAACAAAAAGCUAUCCAAGAAGGAACUGCGAAAGCUAGUGCUGAUUCAAUUAUUGGUCAGUUUGGAGUUGGAUUCUAUUCAGCUUUUAUGGUUGCAGAAAAAAUUACUGUGGCAACUAAGAAAGAGAAUUCGGAAAUUGGAUAUAUUUGGAAAUGGAAUGGUUUGGAUCAAUAUUCGAUCGAAGAAGACUUGUCGUUGAAUGUUGGUACACGUAUUGAAGUUGAAUUGCGCCCUGGUGAUGCUGCUGAAUUUGCCAAAGGGCAGCGCGUAAUUGACGUUAUCAAUAAGUAUUCUUAUUUCAUUACUGUUCCAAUAUCAGUUAAUGGUGAACGAGUGAAUACAAUGAAUGCUAUUUGGACUAUGAAUCCGAAAGACGUUACCAAUGAAAUGCACGAAACGUUUUUUAAACAGUUAGCUAAAACAUAUUCGCCGCAUCUUAUUAACGAUCGUCCUCAGUUUACAAUCCAUUACAAAAUCGAUGCUCCGAUUAACAUUCGAGCCCUAUUAUAUGUUCCAUCUCAUAAUGUUUCGCAAAUAGAAUUCGCAAGCACUGCGGAAGAUUCAGGCAUCUCUUUAUAUGCCCGAAGGGUUCUUAUUAAGGCUAAUGCUAAGGAGCUUAUUCCUCGUUAUCUGCGUUUUCUUAUUGGUGUUGUUGAUUCUGAAGAUAUUCCACUGAAUCUCAGUCGAGAAAUGCUACAGAUGGAUGCAGUACUUGUGAAACUUCGCCGUGCUUUGACAGAUAAAGUUGUUUCAUUUUUCGUUGGUCAAAUGAAGAAAGAUCGCAUAAAGUAUGAUGAAUUUUAUAAAGGAUAUUCGUUGUUUUUCAAGGAAGGACUUUGUCUAGAACAGGAUCAGAAUAUAAAGGAACAAAUUGGUUCGUUAUUGUUGUUCGAAUCGUCGAAUUUGAAGCAAGGAGUGAAGACAAGUUUGAAAGAAUAUGUUGAAAGAAUGCAGGAAGGACAAAAGGAAAUUUUUUACCUCUUUUCACCGAAUCGUCAACUCGCUGAAAAUUCGCCUUAUUUUGAAAUGUUUAAAUCGCAGAACCGCGAAGUCUUAUUUGCUUAUGAUCCAGCUGAUGAAAUUGUAUUUUUAUCUCUUUCACAAUUCAAUAUGAAACAACUGAAAUCAGUUGAAAAUUGGGCACGAAAUGAGGGUGCUGAUGAAAAAACUUCAACGACAACCACCACCAUACGCGAUGUCGAUAAGAAAGAUCUUUUGGAUUGGAUGAAGGUAACACUUGGUAGCGUUAAGGUUCAUGAUAUUACGUCAUCUAAUCGAGCCAGCGAACAUCCAUGCAUGAUUACUGUGCGUACAGAAAUGAGUGCAGCUCGUCAUCUUCUACGUCUUGGUCAAAUCAAAGACAAAGAGCAUCUUGUUUUUUUACAGCCUACGCUUCAUGUUAAUCUCAAUCAUCCCAUUAUUACUUCAUUAGUUCGCCUUCACAAAACCAAUCCCAAAACUGCUCAGUUAGUUGUUGAACAGAUUUAUGAUAAUGCACUGGUUACUUGCGGAUUAAUGAAAGAUUCGAGCGAAAUGAUAGAUCGCAUCAACAAGUUACUGGCUGAUCUCCUAAAAACUUCAAAAUCAUCAAUCCUUACGCCAUAA